UCGGUCUGGCACGUGCCUACGUCAAAGGAUAAUGGCGACUCGGCGUGGUUACUUAUCUUGCAUUGAACCCAAAUGCUAUCAAUAGAUAGCUACUGUACAAACGCCAAUAAAGGAAUGCAAAAUGAGAUUUGAUCUGAUCAGUGAGCACCGUGUUAACAAUGUCGGGAAAGGCGACGUAUAAUCAUAAAACCAUCAAAACACUAUAUCAGUCGGACUUAUAAUAGCCCCAUGGCGGACGACAAUUUUUAAUCCAAAUCAGUACCAGUAUCGAAUAACAGCAGCUACCGAAUCGGUCAGGGUUGUGAUUAUUGAAGUACACACGGUAAAGAUGAUUCUCGUGAGAAUUCCAACGGUGUCAGUGCUAGUGAUACUGCUUGCAGUUUUCUGUAAUGGGGCACCAAAGUUUCGGAUAUUCGAAAAUACUCCGGAAAAUAUUGCCCGCCUGCAGAACCUCCAACCCGGUGAGCUCGCGGAAGAACUGAGCGGUCAAUUCGAAGGGGACAUGAUCCUCACUGAAGAGCAAUUCCUAGAGACAUACCGAAGAAAUGGAAUGAUCAAUGAGAGCUACCGGUGGCCACAGAAUACCGUAUUCUACGAUAUCGAUGACACGUACUUCAGCAGGGCACAAGUUCGUUACAUUUUGCACGGAAUGAGAUUGAUUGAGCGGGCAACCUGUAUCCGAUUCAGGCAACGUGAACCCGAAAAUGACGACUACAUCCGCAUCCACGGUUCGGGAUCGGGAUGUUCGGCAACGGUGGGACACGUCGGAGGACGCCAGAACAUUAAUCUGCAACCAUAUCCGUUGGGCAGUGGAUGCUUCCGGAUUGGAACGAUCGUGCACGAGAUGAUCCACGGUUUGGGCUUCCGGCACAUGCAAAGCACGCACAAUAGGGAUGAGUAUGUGGAAAUUGUUUGGGAGAAUAUUCAGCCCGGAACGGAAAAUAAUUUCCGACUGUACGAUUCGGAAACUGUGAGCAACUUUGACACAAAUUACGACUACGGGAGCGUCAUGCACUACAGUGCGACGGCGUUUAGCAUCAAUGGACAGAAGACUAUUGUAGCUCUGCAGGAUACCGAUCAAGUGAUGGGUCAACGAGUUGAAAUGAGUGAAACCGACAUUUUGAAAAUCAACAGAAUGUACAACUGUUUUACAGGAAAUUGAAACAUAUUUUUAGGAAUACAGAGCUUCUGAAAUACUUCGAAAUAUUCUCCUU